AUGGCUCGCAUGGUCCCUCAACGCAAAAUGACCUUUUACGACAUCAAAAUGCACGGAACGGGCGGUAAGUGAUCAUGAACAACAAGGUUUAUAAUCGAAUUAAGGUUAUUGAUACCCGAAAUAGUACAAACAUGGUCGGAGUGAUAAGAAAAAGGUCAUAAAUAGUCGGAAAAUUUAUAAAUAAUCUUUCGUUAUCAUUUCGAGCGCGAGUUUGAGCAAAAAACGGACUGAAAUCAAUCGUUGAAGUCCGUUACAUUCUUUUUUCUUUAUUUACUUUUUAAUUUUAAUGAACUGCUUCUGAUCGAACGAGUUCUCUGUUCUUUAAAGGUCUUCUCGGCGCUUCUGAUACCUUGUUUGUCGGUUUCAUGGUCGAGAUCGUUCUUAACACUUGUUAACAGUCUUUCGAAAAACAUUUUUCGGAAUGCAUACUCGUAUUCACGUCCACCAAUGUAGGUAUUAAAGAGUUCGUUUUGGUUAUUUAGGUAUCUCAAUGGCAUUUUUUAAUGUUCAGGUGUUAAAAUAAGGUUUAGAAUCAGUAAAUAGUAUUGUUUUGGAGGUUUAAUUAAUACCACUUGGACUUUAGACUCGACACGUGAGCAAGUUCGAGUUCCCAAUGUUAUUGCUCUGGUCGGAUUGCCAGCUCGAGGCAAAACAUACAUCUCCCAUAAGCUGUGUCGGUAUUUGAAUUGGAUUGGGAUAAAAACAAGAGGUAUGGCAUUAAUCUUGUUGUUUUUGUUUACGUCUAUAUUAAUUUUAUAAUUUCCGUCAUAAAUUAUGUUGUUUUAUAGGUUUGUUUUGUUGUUUUUGCUAGCAAAGUCGUUUUUGUAGAUAAUUUAAGAUUUUUUAUACCAAAUUUAUCUUGUUUUUUACUAUUGUUUAACAUAUAUUAUUUUAAUUCCGAUCUUUUAGCUUUCAAUGUCGGCGAAUACAGAAGAUUGGCGUGUAACCUAGCGGAACAAGGUGAAGCUGACUUCUUCAAUCCUAAUAACAAACAAGGAAUCAAGAUCCGAGAGUAGGUGUUAUUCAUAAUAUUGUUAUCCAAAUUUAGUGAAUGUGCUCGAUUGGCCAUGGAGGAUAUGGGAAGAUAUUUGGAGGGAAAAGAAGGCGAAGUAGCUGUAAGUCUUUGUCUUUUAGUUACUUGUAACUAAAACAAUAUUGCAGCUUUUAUUUGCUUUUUAAAAUUGAUGGUUUUGUAUCUUGCUCUAAAUCUAUGUUGUUGUAGAUUUUUGAUGCCACCAACACGACGAGGGAACGAAGAGAUUUACUGGUAAACUUUUGCCUCCGAGAAGACCGUGACCCCAAGUUCCGGGUCUUCUUUAUCGAAAGUAUUUGUGAUGACCCAGAAAUUAUCAAUUCUAAUAUCUCGGUAAUACUUUUGUUUAAAAUUUUUUGCCAAAGUUAGAAAUAUCAGUCACAUCUUCAACAUCAUAUAAAAGAUUAGUCGCAUUCUCAAAAUAAUUAUAGUUAAAUUUAAAAUUUAGGAAGUGAAGAUCAGUUCCCCCGACUACAAGAAUCGAAUGACACAAGAAGAAGCCAAAGAAGACUUUAUGAAGAGGAUCGAGAACUACAGAAUCCAGUACGAGCCGAUGGAUGAGGACGAAGAUGACGAGUUGUCUUUUAUCAAGGUCAUCAAUGCUGGCAGGUCAUUCUACGUACACAACGUGAACGGUCAUGUCCAGAGUAGGGUGGUGUACUUCUUGAUGAACAUUCACCUGUUGCCUCGGUCGAUUUACUUGACUAGAGUAAGUAUAUACUAACAUGGAUGGUUAUUGUCUUUAUUUUUGUUUGCUUAUUUAAAGCUUAAAUUCUUCAAGAUUUUUAAAUGUUAUUUGUUUUUUACAUCUCUAUAGGAUGGAUAACACAUGAAAUCAAACUGGGGCCUAAUUGUGUUUUCUUUUCAGCACGGAGAAUCAGAAUACAAUAGGAUCGGUAGACUUGGAGGUGACAGUCCGUUGAGUGAAAAUGGCGUUAGAUAUGCUGAAAAGUUAAGACAGUACUUUGAGGUAAGAUAACAUGGUAGAAGUUGACUUUUUUCAGUAAAAUUUUAAAUCUGGUCUUUUUUAUUUAUAACGAUUCUUAAUUGUACCUACUAUAACAUCACCCUUAGAAAGAAAACGUCUCCCACGAUCUCCGCAUCUGGAGCUCUCAGAAGAUUCGUGCUGCUCAGACAGCCAAUUACCUCAAAGACCUAGCUGCCCACGUCGAGUACUGGAAGGUUUUGGACGAAAUUGAUGCCGGUAUCUGUGAAGGUCUAACAUACGAAGAUUUCGAAGCAAGGUACCCGAAGCAGUUCGCCGAGAGAGACAAGGACAAGUACCAUUACCGAUACCCAAGUGGAGAGAGUUACGAAGAUCUUGUAGCCAGAUUGGAGCCAGUUAUUAUGGAGCUGGAACGGCAGUCCAACGUGCUGGUCAUCUCACAUCAGGCUGUCCUUCGCUGUAUCUUGGCCUACUUUGACAACAAGGAUAGGACUGAUCUACCGUACUUGAAUGUGCCACUGCAUACUGUAAUUAAGCUGACCCCCAAGGCCUACAGUUGUGAGAUAGAGAUGUUCAAGUUCAAGAUUGAUGCGGUCGAUACCUACCGUGCCAAGCCGGAUGAACCUGCGGUAAGUGUUUUGUGUUGAUGAGCUAUGAUAAGUCAUGAUCUUUAUGAUAAGCAAUACUUAAUUUAAAUACGAAAUUUGCAUAAUAACAUGAACUAAAGGCUUCUGAUAAGUUACAUGAAAGGCUACUGAUGAUUUUUGCUACUUAAACCUAAUAGUGCUUCAAAUUUGAUUUUAAGCUAUCAUUUUACUGCUCAGUAACAUACGAAAGGUUGCAACUUAAUAAUAUCUCAAAGCUUUGAGAAGGACUGCACGGUGCAGUAUUCUGAUUAUAUAAACAUUGCCAUAUUAAAACGUCACCGUGUAGAUUCUUUACCAAGUUUUGAGAUAAAAAUAUAACCAUGUAAGAGUAAGAUAUGCAUUUACAACGACUAUACGACAAGAGAGUAAGAUAUAUUUACAGUGGGAGGCUGGCGAGAUCAUGCGCUUAUGUUAUUCGCCUUGGUGAGUGAGAUACCAUACUUGAGUUGUUGUUGUAGUGAGGGUUGUGGUUGAGCACGGAUUUAGUUUCGUUUAACUUUUCUAUUUAAUCUUACUAUACUUUCUGUUACUGUACGUUUUAACCAUACUUCUUUUUCAAUUUUUCCAUUUUCCGUACGAUGUGACGUUAAAAAGUGUACUACUGGUUAUCUAUUUUUACGAACGGUAUUAUUACUAUGUCGGUUUCACGAAGUGUGUUUUUAUUACGUUGUUAAAAUAAUUAUGUGCCCUUAAUCUGGAAAAUUUUCUUUAAUAUAGCGCACAGAAUUAUUUGAACCAACUAAUAGUAAUAUAAAACCUUUGAAUGUGUCAUUUUGGGUGAUGGCGACUAACUAGAUAUCGUAUUUGAUGUGGAGUAAUUGAUAUGAGUGCUGUGGAUACAUUAACAUCACACGUGCAGUACUAUUUGUCCAAGAGUACCAAUAAAACAAAGUAAUAAUCAUGGUUUAGAUGGCUCCGAUCGUAGAACUGAAGAUGGCCUCACUCACCUUCCAAAACACCGACGGUCCAGAUGCGGAAUGUGAAGAAGAGCUUCGUCACAUCACCGACAGACUGGCUAGCGUCGACGAAGACCCGCAAAGCCCGGUGGUACUGAAUCCGGAUGGUACUGUGGAGGAAUUCCAUGCGCCCAGACAAAUGGCUUGUACCAAAUAA